AUGCCGGGCCAUAAUCCUAAGAAGCAAUCUUACUGCUACUACUUGGUCACGGAUGUAACCGCCUCUCACAGGCCCCUCUCUCCUACCCAACACAAUCCCCUGGUUGACGGGGAGCUCAAUUUGCGAUUGCAAGGCACUUGGUGGAUUUUGAGUCAGUGGAUGCUUGAGGACAGGUUGGGGGGAGCAGGGAUUGUUGAAAAGAAGGAGGAGGAGGCUGGGGCUGGGGCUGCUGAAAAGAAAAAGGAGGAGGCUGGGGCUGUUGAAAAGAAGGAGCUGGCUGGCACUGUGGAAAAGAAAGAGCUAACUGGGCCUAUGGAAAAGAAGGAGGUAGGGCCUGCUGUAUGGAUAGUUGGUGAAAGGAUGGAGGCUGCUGCUGCUGCAUAA